GUCUUUUUGGCCGACAGAUAGCAUAGUGCGACCGUCCUUCACCAGGCGUCACGCACAGCGGCUGACUGCCGCUGCUUAUCGCCUCCCGUUGAAGCAAUCGCUUGCCAUGCCGGCCGUUUUCACGAUCCUCCAGCGAAAGGACCUGUGAACUUAGCCCGUCACGAUGAAAAACCCGCAGCGCGAGCACCUGUACAAGAUCCUGGUCAUCGGAGAGCUGGGCACCGGCAAGACCAGCAUCAUCAAGCGCUACGUGCACCAGUUCUUUUCACAUCACUACAGGGCUACAAUUGGCGUCGACUUCGCUCUCAAGGUUGUAGAAUGGGAUGAAAAUACCCUCAUUCGUCUUCAAUUAUGGGAUAUCGCCGGCCAAGAGCGCUUCGGCAACAUGACGCGCGUCUACUACAAGGAGGCUGUCGGCGCCUUCAUCGUGUUCGACGUGACGCGGUCGCAGACCUUCGAGGCGGUGAGGAAAUGGAAGGCCGACCUGGACAGCAAAGUGCAGCUGCCCGAAGGCAGUUCCAUACCCUGCGUGCUGCUUGCAAACAAGUGCGAUAUGUCCAAAGAAGGCAUUGUAAACAACCCAGCCUCCAUGGAUGAAUUCUGCAAGGACAACAACUUCGCCGGCUGGUUUCUCACGUCGGCCAAGGAGAACGUCAACAUCGAAGAUGCAGCCAAGUUUCUCAUAUCGCAGAUACUUCACAACCACAAGGCACUAAACUUGGACGAAUCCGGGCAAGCCUCGGUUCCACUGUCAGGGUCUGCUCCAUUGGGCCAGUCCGUGCCAAGGAGAGCAUGCUGCUGACUUGAAA